AUGCGGAAGGGCGCCAGUAUGGAGAAUAUGCGGAGGGUGCUGGUCCAUCUUUCCAAAGAAAACAGCUGGCCGCAGAGAGCCCAGUUUCAGCAGAGCAUCGUCGGUCACUUCUGUGCGGCGCCCAAAGACCGCUUGAUGGUGAACUGCGGACUGAACCAGCACCAGUUCCUCGUCUCGGACAUGGAGUUCGCUGGCUCUAGGAAAGUCCUUCUGCAGAGGCCUCCCUUCUGCCCCGUCAAGCAUCUGAGCGAUGCGCAAGCCGCUUCUCUCCCUGCAGAGACCCGAGAUCGAGGUGUGGAUGUGGGCGUGGCCGUCCUCCUGCAGUCUGCCUGCCAGAAGGUUUUGUUGACGCGGCGGUCCAAAAAUCUGAGCAUCUUUCCCAACAUCUGGGUCCCUCCAGGUGGCCACAUUGAACCUGGUGAACAGUUGCUGGAUGCUGGGCUGCGAGAACUACGAGAGGAGACGGGCUUGAGCCUACAGGAUGGCGACUUCUCCUGGCAAAUGCUGGCCCUCUGGGAGUCUGUGUACCCUCCCAUGCUGAGCAGAGGCUUGCCGAAGCGCCACCACGUGGUCGUCUACCUCCUGCUGCUUUCGCCUGAGAGCCACGAGCAGCUACAGAUGAGAUUUAAGCCAGACGAGGCUGAAGUGAGUGCAUAUACCUGGCUGGAACCCCAAGUCCUGGCCUCUGUUGCUGCUACUGAGGAUGGAGCCGGAGACACCAAGAAGGUAGCUGGAGAUCUCCCACCAGUUAUCAGGAUCACAGAACUACAGCACGGCUCAGCAAGGACCACGAUGAUUCCUACCGCAACAUUCCUCAACACCGCUCCCCCACAAGGCGAGGACGUGGAACGGGUCAGCACCGGGACCAAGUUCGCCCUUCGGCUGUGGCUCGACACAUUAGCCCAACAGAAAGAGUGA